AUGUCUCGUCUUCGUGGCAAAACAUUGAUGGGCUGGUCACAAAGACAGACAAUGGACACUAAGAACUCUGGAAUGGAUUUCUCUCAAAGAAAACGUCCUCGAGGGAGGUCACCGAUUAGAUGGGCUGACGUGUUCAUUACACGAAUGGAUCAGCUGAAUUCUCAGCUAAAAAGAUUUAAUGGAUCUGGAUCUCGCGAAGUCGCCGCCGCAGUUCAAUAG